AUAUUCUCUCGGUUUAGGUAUCUCGUUUAUAGGUUUCUGGCGCCUUAAAGAAUUCAUUUAACUCGCGCGUGAAAACUGCAAUCUACUCAUAUUGCCGAGGAUUACCGUAUAUCACCAGUACUCCGCAGACAUGUCUUCAGACACAUCCAAGAAGAGAAAGCCCAAAGUAAUCCGGACUGAGGAAGGAAAGAGAAGCCGUCAUGAUGAGCAGGAGGGUCGAUAUUACAAUGAGGAAGGAGAGCUGGAUACCAGAGAUCCAAGAAACGAUUACGAGCUUUAUAAAGAGACCUGCCAGGAUUUACAGAGACUUAUGGCUGAAAUCCAUGACCUCAAGACUAGAGGCAGCAAAGAUGGGGCUGCAGAAAUCGAAGAGAAAAAGAUACAAAGCUGUGUUCAUUUUAUGACUCUGAAAAAACUGAACCGCCUCGCACACAUCAGACUUAAGAAAGCACGAGAUCAAACUCAUGAGGCCAAGCAGAAGGUGGAUGCAUAUCAUCUACAGCUGCAGAACCUUCUUUAUGAAGUCAUGCAUCUUCAGAAGGAGAUCACAAAGUGUCUGGAAUUUAAAUCAAAGCAUGAGGAGAUUGAGCUGGUAAGUGUGGAGGAGUUUUACAAAGAGGCUCCAGCCGAUAUCAGCAAACCAGAAAUUACAGUUGGUGAUCCUCAUCAGCAAACGCUGGCACGUCUAGACUGGGAACUGGAGCAGCGGAAAAGGUUGGCAGAAAAAUACAAAGAAUGCUUGGCCAGUAAGGAGAAGAUUCUGAAGGAAAUAGAGGUUAAGAAAGAGUACCUAAGCAGCUUGCAGCCUCAGCUACAAAAUAUCAUGCAGGCCUCGCUACCAGUCCAAGAAUAUCUGUCUAUGCCUUCUGACUGCAUGCACAAACAGUAUGAAAUUGCACGACACCUUCCGGCACCUCUUUAUGUGCUCUUUGUCCAGGCCAGUGCCUACAGCCAAGCAUGUGCUCACAUGAAGAGUCCUGCCCAACCCUAUAGGCAGGACAAGAGGCUCGUUGUCACCAUUGAAGGGAAUGUGGAAGAGGCAAGAGCUUUAUUCAAGCCUACAGAAGAAUCACAAGAUGAUGAAAGCGAUUCCGAUGCGGAGGAAGAACAGACAACGAAGCGUCGAAGACCAACACUGGGAGUUCAACUGGAUGAUAAGAGGAAGGAGAUGCUAAAGAGGCACCCACUGUGUGUGACACUCACAGUAAAGUGCAAAGAUGGCAGUUCUUUAAACCUGACUUUCUACUUUCUCAUGAACCUCAACAUCCUCACUGUGAAGGCUAUAAUCACCCCGGCCUUUGAGUUGUCCACCGCCAUCAGUGCAGGGGAUCUCUUGAACCCAGAGUUGAUCUUGAGCUGUCUAUAUCCUGGUGACGAUGGCAAUAAAACCCCAAAUCCUGCCAACAGAUAUCAGUUUGAUAAAGUUGGCAUCUUGUCCCUGAGCGAUUACAUUUCAGAUCUGGGACACCCUUAUCUUUGGGUGCAGGCAAUGGGUGGGCUUCAUUUCCCUACAGAUCAGCCACAGCCUGCAGUCAUGGCAGACAAUGCUCUCAGUGCUAGUCACAUGGAGAAGACUAUUAACCUACUGCGUUCCAGAUUGCUGUCACGUUUUUCUCUGCAUCGGCAGUUUGCAUCUUUAGAGCAUGGUAUUAUUCCGGUAUCUGCCGAGUGCCAGCACCUGUUUCCGACAAAAAUAGUGUCAAGGCUGACGAAGUGGAGCGUCAUCACAUAUGAAGAUUACAUAGCAUUGCCUUACACAGCAGAGGUGGUAACAUAUGGAUUAGCAAAACCCACUGAUCAAUACUAUUCCUUAAUGAUUGAGAGAGGAACAGCCAAGCUGCAUGCAGCAGUGGUUUUGAACCCUGGUUACUGCACAGUUCCUCCAGUGUUCAGUCUCUUUCUGAAUUGGAAAGGAGAACGCAGCUCCAGCAAUGAUGAGAAUAUUCGAGUUAUGGAGAGUGAGAUUAAUGUCUUCUACAAAGAGCUGCAUGGUCCUCCUCCAGGAUACCAGCUCCUGACCAACCAGCUGCAAAGACUCUCCAUGCUGCUGGACGUUUACCUGGAGACCGAGGGGCGUGAUAAUAGUGUGGAGGGACCACAUGAGUUUCCCCCUGAAAAGAUCUGCCUCCGUCUAGUAAGGGGACCAGGCCGUACAAAGCCAUUCAAGUAUAACCACCCUCAGGGAUUCUUCAGUCACCGCUGACUUCCAGAUACCUCCAAAUGUUUGUCCUCUGGACUUUAGUAUAAUUUUUGCCUCUCGAUACAACGCAUUAUUAGUAUCUGCCUAUUUUCAUGUUAAAUAAAAAUGUUUUGCAACGACAACUGGAUCUUAAAUUAAAAUAAACACAGAGUACUUCA